UUAUGUUAAAACAGAAAAAAAUGUAAACAAAGAAGUCAACGUUCAAUUGCUUUUGUGGCGCAGAUAAGCGUUUUGGCACUCCCAAUUAACGGGCAAAUUAUGCAGCCACCAAACACAAUUUCACAAUGGAUUUAUAUUCUCAUUCGAAAACCUACCAUUGGGAGGCAUUAGUGACCUGUUGUGGUCUUAUGGUGAUUUUAUGUCAUCCCGAUUUACGAAAAAUUGCCUUUGGUUACUUUGCCCUGGUUGUGGUGGGACCAUUUGUAAUUUUAAGAAAACUUGUUGAGAGGAGAAGUCCCCAGAAUGAACGUAACAAUGUAUCCAGCUUUAGUAACGUUUUGAAAAGGUUAACAGGUGGUCGACGUAAGUCAUCAGAAAGGAAAAUUAAAAAGUCCAAGCGAUUUCCAUGGCUGAAUGGUCUUUUUUUGACUUCACUUAAAAUUUACAAACGGGUUGUUCGAUCUAUCUCCCGUAGAAAGAAUUUAACCACUAAACGCACCACUUCUGUUGUGUCGGCAGCUAAUUCUGAUGCCGCCAUAAACUGUAUUGUGUGUAUGGAGCGAGCAAAAAAUAUCCUCCUCCUACCUUGUAAACACAUAUGUCUAUGCUCCAAUUGUGCAGAACAUAUAAUGGCCGAACGAGAGACAAAAUUCUGUCCUUUAUGCCGUCAAGAUAUCAUCGAUACCCUGGAAGUAUUCAUAUAACUAAAGACAAAUUGAAAUGAUUAAAAAGCUGAUUUUAAAAUAAAAACCAGUAAGGAAAAGUCAAAAGUCGACUAUAUGAUACCCUACACCACUAUGUAUAUUUAGAAGAGCUCCAGUAACAAAGAAUUUUUUUGAAGUAGAUCAUACCACCUAUCAACAUUUGGCUUUAGAGCAGUUAUGAAUUGGUUUCAGACGGAACCAAAAUAUGGGAGGCAUAUCCAAUUCUUAAUUGAUUUUCACUAAAUUUGAUGGAGAUAUUUUUAUCUUUUAUACCAGCUAACAUUGCUAUAGAGUGCAUGAUAUCAUUUCGAUAAGGAUUAUAUUAAAAAAUAUAUAUAUCGGAGCCGUGUUCCGCCAAAUGGAAACAUACGUUCCGAAAUUUACUCCA